AUGGCUAAGACAACUUCCAAUCUCCCUGCCUCAGUUGUAACUAUCACUGAUCAAUCUAUAGAACCUUCCACUUUUACUGAGCCUUCCUCACCCUCUAUUACUCCUACUGCUACAAUCGUACCUCCCCCAAUUUCCCAAUCUCUUCCCAAUUCAGAAACCCUUGAAACUACUGCUCCGUUCUCCCCAUCGUCUGAUGUUCCCACCAGUCAACCACUAAGUGGAGAACAAGGUCAAAAUCCUGAGGUCACAAAGAGUUCUGCCAUUGUUGCUACCGAUUCCAUGGUGGUGGAAGCACCGGUUGAGGAAGAGAAAAAUGUUUUAACCGUUGUGGAGGAAGAAGGGGCCAUUGUAGCUGUUGGCGGGGAUGCAGUAGCAGAUACUACUAGGGAAUCACAUGAGGAACCUGAUCCCUCUCCGGAGGACCCAGCACCUGAAAUGAGAUCCAGUGAUGAAGAAGACCUAGAUAAUAUGGGUCUUAAUGCAUUCAUAAGUAAGCGGAGGGUUGUGUCCACCCCUGAGUUUGAAAUCAAACUACCUACUACCAGGCUUCAAGUUAAAGUGACCUACUAUUCUACUCUUCAAAAGAGCAAGAAGAGUAGUCAGAAGAAAAAAAGAAAGUUGGUGAAAGAUGCUGUACCUGUAAGUGAUGAGGCGAUCCCUAUAGUCGAUGUGGAAGAGGAAACCCUAGAUGAACCUGGUUCACUUGUUAGAUGGUCUUCGAAAAAGAUUAAGCCUACUUCACUAGAGAAAGGUCCAACAUCUAAGUCUAAGAUAAAAGAGGGGGUGAGUGAGUUUUCCAUGACUGAUGAGGAUGUCCUAAUCAAAUCAAAGGGAAAAGGCAAAGUCAGUGGAGAGAAGUCCGGGAAACGCAAGUCUGAACCUUUUGAAGAACCUGUUUCUGUGAAGAAAAUGAGAAGUAAAGUCACCUUGGCUCUGUGCGCCUGA